AUCUCGGGAAUACAUCCUCUCUCAGUGGAGCAUCCAAGGAAUACCAGAAGACCUGAUAAUGCUGCACACUGCCAUGUUCUCUACCGCAUUGCUCAUUCUUUUAGGCUGCGUUAGAGAGGCAUCCGCCGGAUCCGUGGUGCUGAACUCGAAUGCCAUUAAGGUCGGUCCAGGUGUGGCGAGUCCAGUCCAUCCGGUCAGCCCGAGCCCGGAUGAGAUACCUACGGACACCGGCAGUCAGAACAUCGCUAUUGAUACACCACAGCAGCCUUUAAUCUGUGAAAGUGAUGAGGAAUGUGGCGACGAGGAGUUCUGCUUCCUGUCCCGCGGCGUCUGUCUCCAGUGCAAGAAGCGCAGGAAGCGUUGCAUCCGGGAUGCGAUGUGCUGCCCUGGCAACCACUGCAGCAACGGAGUUUGCCAGCCAUAUGAUCCUGACAUGAUCCAACAGAUUGGAAUGGAAGAGUUUGUGUCCAUCACCCAUGAGAACUCCACUGUAGUGGUGCAGCCAAAAGUUGCAACUCAAGGCUCACCACAAAACCAAAUCCUAAAAGGUCUGGAGGGAGAGAACUGUCUCAGAUCAUCCGACUGCGCAGAGGGACUCUGUUGCGCCCGUCAUUUCUGGUCCAAAAUGUGCAAGCCCGUCCUGAAAGAAGGCCAGGUCUGCACCAAGCACAAGCGGAAAGGCACCCAUGGCUUGGAGAUAUUCCAGCGUUGUGAUUGUGGGGAAGGUUUAUCCUGCAGAACGCAAAGAGGAGACGGCAGCAAGUCAUCGCGGAGCCUGCACACUUGCCAGAGACACUGAAUGAACGUUGAGGAAUGUUCUUCUACAAACUCCUGGCGAAAACAGACUUGAGGGAAGCUGGAUUUACAAUGGGAUUUUCUGUUUUUCAUCCGGUGUCUUCCCUUUUCUUAUGUCAACAUUGCAGAGUAGAUAUACUUGUUUCUCAGCGGAACUUAAAUAUUGCAGUAAAUUACUGUAAAUAAUAUAAGGCAGUUGGCACUUAAUUCAGAUUUUUUUGUCAACCCUGUUUUGAAAAAAGGUGCAUCGGUCUUUUGUUGGUCUAUCUUAAAUGUGUAUA